CCAAGAAAGUGUAACAGAAAGUGAGAAUUUUGAAAAGAAAGGUUCGAAUUUAGAAUUGAAAAUGAAACUAGUGUUAAGACGUACUCGAGGGAAAUGUGCAGACUAUGGAGGUUUUUAAAAGGUGUUUUUCCAAUUAGAUAUAUUUCUGCAAUGGAGACAACAACAGCAGACAAAAGUAUGUAUAUAAACUAUAUUUUCGCAACAGCAGAAGGUGUUCAACUUGAGAAAUGUAUAUAAUGAAAAAAGUUGAUUAUUUUCUCACUCUGUUAACUGCCAGUUGACCACCACUUGCUGCACGAUACAACUUUAACUCACUGAGACCCAACGUUAUCUUCCCGACGAGUAAAAUUGUCUGAAUGUCUGGCAUUUAUAGACAGAGUUUUCUAUACUUCUGCAAGUAGGGCCUAGCUUUUAGGGCACAAAUAUGCAUCUUAAUGGUCAACGAGUCCCUUUUAAGAUAUAAAAUUCAGACAGACAACAUUAUCUUAAGUGGCAACAUAUGAGAGUAAAAUAGUGACAUUAAACACAAAUUGUGCAUCAAUUGUUACAGCCCAAUUAGCAGAGCAUGGCAAGUACACAGUGUACACAACAUAUCACACACCAAAAUAUUGGUUACUGUCGAUGCAAUGGAAGUGUUGAUAAAAUAUUGUGCCAAUUACUUUCCUGAAGUUGAUCAAUGGACCAUUUGCAUUAUAGACUAAAUUUUGAUCUAGAUAAAAAUUUCAUCACAGCUUGAAAGAGCAUCACAAAAUUAGUAAUAUUCCAAAGUUUCGUUGCGAAAUGUUGUAAAAUGCGGAUAAUAUAGUCUUGUGAAAUUUGCAAAUUUCAGUCAUUUUGUAUUACAAACGGGAAAUUGAUGCCCUAACACCCAAUUGGGCUGUCAAUUUCCCGUGCGUAAUACAAAAUGGCUGAAAAACGGCAAACUUCGCAAGGCUAUAUUAUCCACAUUUUACAACAAUUCGCAACAAAACUUUGGAAUAUUACUAAUUUUGUGAUGUACUUUCAAGCUAUGAUGAAAUUUUUGUCUUGAUCAAAAUUUAGUCUAUAAUGCAAAUGUCCAUUCAUUUGAUAGAACAUUGAUCAACUUCCUGUUACUUUUAGAUGAGCCAAUUAGAUUUUGUUUCAGAACCGAUUGACCAAUAGGAAACGCAAAAAACAUUUGAAUUCGUAUGAAUUGAUCAGCUUGAGGAAAUGAAUUGAUAAUAUUUUAUCAACACUUCCAUUGCAUCGACAGUAAAUGUUGAAAAAUUGCUUGAUAGCAGUUGAUGAUUUGAAGUUGCACUGCUUUGUUAAUUGCCAGGUAAAUGAAAAUUAUGGCAAAAGAGAGGAUUGAUUUACACGUAGCAUCCAAGAAUAGGUAUACACCAGGCAAAAUCCUAAUACCUGUCAUUUGCACGCCAAUAAAUUUUGUUUGCACUCAUGAGAUCUUGUUGAUUUUCGCCCUAUUUUGCAAACUGGGUUAAGGCAAGGCUUUCAAAAUAACCCGGCGGCCGCCGGAGCUCCGGCGGGUAGCGCGAGGUUUACCGCCGGUUACUUUGUUUAGUACUUGAAGUAUCAAUUCUGCCCUCCUUCCUCAACUCUAAGCUUUCAAAAAAAGUUAAAGUUAUUUUUGCCAUCUUAAGUUCAAAGAAUGAAAGUAGUGAUACUUUUUAAUUUGGUUACAGAGCUCAGUUGUGUUGCUAUCAAUAUACACUAGUUAAUUUGGAAGACUUGAAGGCAUCCCAGACCGCUCCCCACAGCCGGCGGCUACUUUAGCAACACAGCCACCUACUCAGAAUAUUUCUGAAAGCCCUGUUACGGUGACGUGAAAUAGGUAGAAAACAAUAACAAAAUUCCAAAAGCAACAUAGCAAAGUUUUUGAGCAGCAAUAUUAUUAUUACUGUAUUUGUUUUGACAAAUAGACGACAGGCACACCCACCCCAACAGGGCCUGUUUGAUAUAGUGAUUCAACAUUGACAGUGAGUAUCAACCUCAAAAAUAACCAUAACAUUUCCAACAUUUUGAACAAGAUACUUUGACAGGAGCAUGAAUAGUAACAGCACUGGCUAAUUAAACCUUUGGAAUCUUGUUUACAUAUUUCAGGCCAACAAGUAUAAAAAAUAAUAUGCAUUUAAGCAAUUACCGUGACAACAGAUAACUUUUUUCAUUUAAUUAAGGCCAAAUUAGAUAUAUUCUAUAUUUUAUAGAUUUUAAAGACAGUACUGUAGACCCUAUGAAGAACCCCCCAUCUGAUCCUGUAGAUUUCACAAAGAACCCAUCUGAUUCUGUAGAUUCCACAAAGAACCCCCCAUCUGAUCCUGUAGAUUCCACAAAGAACCUCCCAUCUGAUCCUGUAGUUCCUACAAAGAACCCCCCAGCUGAUCCUGUCGAACCUACAAAUAUAUCCCCAUCUGAUCCUGUAGGUCCUAUGAAGAACCCCUCAUCUGAUCCUGUAGAACCUACAAAGAACCCCUCUGCUGAUCUUGUGGAACUUAUGAAGAACCCCCCAGCUGAUCUUGUAAAACCCACAAAUAUACCUUCAUCUGAUCUUGUGGAAUCUGUGAAUGACCCCCUAGUUAACCCUGUAGAACCUACAAAUAUACCCUCAUCUGAUCCAGUGGAACCUAUGAAUGACCCCCUAGUUAACCCUGUGGAACCUACAAAUAUACCUGCAUCUGAUACUGUGGAACCUACAAAUAUACCUGCAUCUGAUCAUGUUGCAUCUGCAAGUAACCCGCUGCCUGACCCUGUGGAACCUGUAAACAACCCCCCACGCCAUGGUGAGUACUGAACAGGGCUGCUGAGGGUUUGCGGUGGGGACCAGGGCAAAACUUUCCCAGGUGGCCCUCUGACAUUGUUAAAAUUUUCUGAGGGCCCUAUGAUGGGUGAAACAAAGGUUUACAAUAUAUACUUUAGAAGCUUUAUUGCAUGUUAUCUGGCAAUGAAAAUUUAUAUUGUCAGUUAAAUUAAGCAGUCUGGUAUCAAGGAAUUCUAAGAGACUUUGUUGCUUAGUGUAAUCAUCACUGAUUAUUUGUGCAACAAUCUAGCCGAUUCCAAUACGAUACUGAUUUCAAAAUGACAUCAACGUUAGUUGACCAAAUAAAAGUGACAUCAUACAUUUCGAUUUUUUAAUAUUUAUGAUACUGUAAUUUCCAACGUAACAUGUUACUGCAUGCAACCAAAGUUUGUUAAAACCGCUCAUAAAUGGCAUGCUUCACAUAUUAUUUCUGCGCCGUAACGGUCUGCUCCACACCUAACAUGCAACACGCUACCGUUCACACAAGAGAUUAAACAUUUGAUGUUCAAUUUUUUCAUAAAAAAGCGUCUUCAGGUUGAGCUUAAAGUGUGUAUUGUCUCAACAAUAGUUUUACAUAUUCGAAAAUACAGAUAAUUCUGCCGAUUCCGAUUAUCUGACUAGUUUUGUGAGCCCCUGACUAGUUUUGUGAUACCCCCUAAUCUCUUGGCGGCCGUGGUACUGGAAAAUGUGAAUAGUCAUAGAAACAACUUUGAUGGAUUGAUGUGGCAAAGUAAUUUACAGUGAUAUCAUAUGUUGGGCAAAAUAAAAAAUUUCAAAAGACGUGGCAAAAAUCAAAUUAGGAUGACUGAUAAAUGAAAUACUUUCCAGUAAUUUGGUUGCAUUUUUUUCUGAAGAGUCUCACAAAAAUACUGGUUGGAGCUCAUGGAUAACAAAAAAAGAAAAUAAGAAACCAAAAAGAUUGGAUUACAGCAAGAUGCCUUUGGAGAAAAAACGCUCGCACUACAGAUGUGGCAAUUACUAUGUGACUUUAGAUCAAGUACAACCAUGGCCAGAUUAUGUGAAGGACAGCCAUUAUUCUUUUACUAAGAAAGGUAGUAUUGAUGUUAUUUUGUACCAUUAAAACCUUACUCCACAUUAAAAAAUCUUUCCCCUUCUCUAAAUUCCCAGCUCUUUAUUAAGCCCCCAUCUUUUCUACUAAGACACCUUCCCUUUCCUAUUAAGAACCCUCCUCUCUAUUUAGAGGCUCUUCUCUUCCUCCUUAUUAAGACCCCAUCCCUUUAGACCUCUCCCUCUAUUAUCCCUGCUCCUCUAUAAAACAGUAUCCUCUAUCAAAAGCCUCUCCUCCCUAUAAGCCUACUCCUUUACUUUGUUUAUGAUCCCAUCCCGGCAUCCCCUACUCCCUAUUAAUGCCUCUCGCUCUUAUUAAGAUGCCCUCCCCCUUUUCUCUAUUAAGCCCCUCUUCCUCCCUUGUUAUAAUGUCAUAUCCUUCAACUAAGCUAGAUCCCUUGCCCUUUUUACCUUUAAAGACCCUUCUAUUAAACUCCUCCUCUCUUGUAAAAACCUCUUGUCGUACUCUUUAUUAAAGUUACGCUCUCUUCUCCAUCAAACCUUUCUCCAUUUUAUUAAGAUUCAUUGCACCCUCUUCUCCAUCAACACUCCUUUCUUUCCAUUAAAAUUGCCCCCUCCUCUGUUCUUGAUUAAUACACCCCCCUCCUAUCUAUUACGUCACCCCCCAAAAUGUCAUACUUACUGGUCAUCUUUACCAGGCUUGCUUCAAAAAGAUUCAGAAUUCACCACUGACAAUGAUCACAUAAACAGAAAGGUUUCACUCUGGCUAGGAGAUAUAACACAGCUUGAAAUUGAUGCUAUUGUGAAUGAUGGUAGGUUUCUUAGCUAUACGUUUCCCAAGGUGGACAAACCAGGAAACAUUGUUACGUUUCCAAAGUUUUGAGCAAUUUUGGUAACAGGAAACAUAACUCGGAGCUUGACGGCUUGAGAUUUGAUAAACAAGAUUUGUGCACAGAACAGGAAAAUAGUGAAACCACACAAAGUUUGAAAAUAGAAAAGAAAAUGUUAUAGAAAAGAGACACCUGUUCAAUUUGGUCGAUAAAUAUUGCAAAAAGACACUUGGAAAACUUGAAUUUUUUACUAUGUAUACUAGCGUGCACAGGACCUUCUGACUUCAGGCUUCAGUAGUCCAGUCACUUGCAGGUAAUGCAGUUACCUCGGAUCCCAAUAUCUGACACCCGUGAUAAAAAGUGUUGUGAAGCCACAUUUAUUAUUUUAUUUCAGCGAAUAAAAGUCUUCUUGGAGGUAGUGGAGGUAGGUUGCGUUUUUCAUUGGCGUCUUGUGGACAGGUUUUGAUGAAAAUCUAUCUUGUUCGCUUAGACAACGUUACUUACUAUUUAGUCGAUGGUCAUAUUCAUUAAGGUGCAGUCGAAGGAUUUGUGUAGGAAUGUAGAAAAUUGAUUGGAUUAGAAGCUGGCGGUGCUAGAUGUGAAAUCACCUCAGGUACAAUUAUUGAAGUGAAUAGAACUGGAACGCUACCUCCAACUGGAAAUUUGAAGCCAAACUUAAAGACUAGUCCCAGUCUUUUCACGCAUGCGAAGAGCGCUCAAUCAGUCAAUCAUGACAUAAACACGCUUGACGUAACCACGCGUUCCAGUUAUAUUCAUUUCAAUGGGUACAAUACAUUUUUUUUUUUUUACUUUUAACCAUUGAGUGCCAGCGCUGUCUACUUGAUGAGUAAAAUUGUCUGGCGUUAGACGGAGUAAAGUCAGUAAUAAAAUGGGGUGCAUUAUGGCGCAAUGCAAGUUAAUUAAGUUUCUAUAUAAAACCUCGGUCAAACGAGGAGUUGGUGAGAGUUGUCAGUCACACAUUGUUACAGCGGACAUUUCAAACUCUAGAUGAACAAAAUAAAGGUUUGAUGAAUGUUGCAACUAUGUUUUAACUUCAAUAGAAUACAUGAUAGUGUUGGGAAAACAUUAAGAACAGCUAACCAAGCUCACGUGACUGUCAACUCUCAUUGAGGUUGUGGAGGUAGGUUGUAUUCCUCAGUGGCAUCUUGUAGACAGGUUUUGAUGGAAAUCUAUCCUGUUCGCUAACACAACAUUGCUUACUGUUUAGUUGAUGGUUCUAUUCAUCGAGCUGCAGGCAAGGGACUUUUGGAGGAAUGUAGAAAAUUGAAUGGAUGUGCCACUGGCAAUGCCAAAAUCACCACAGGUACAGUAUAAUACGUAUUUUAACACAUUGAGCGCCAGCACUCUUGACGAAUAAAAUUCUCUGACGAAUAAAAUUCGUCAUUAUUGACGAAUAAAAUUCUCUGGCGUUAGAGUAAAAUAAUAAAAGUUUGAUGAAUGUUUCAACUAUGUUUUAACUUCAAUAGAAUACAUGAUAGUGUUGGGAAAGCAUUAAGAACAGCUAACCAAGCUCGCGUGACUGUCAACUCUCAUGUACUCUCAUCCUCGUUUCAUCCGAGCUUAACUAUCUUCCUUUGUGGUAUUAAUGCGUGUUUUUGUUCUAUUUCAACAGGACAAAAACUUCCAGCUAAAUGUAAGUACGCAAAUCAUUUGGUCGUCAAAUGCCCCGUUUCAGUACACUUGUAUAUUUGUAUACACUGUAAAAGUACUCUGCAAGAAGGUUUUACUGACUGUACAUGCAUUCAUGAAGAACAACAGAAAGGCGACAUGGAGACGAGAUUUUAGAGCCGAUGUUUAUUUUUUUUUAUGUUGUGUAGAUGUGAUUCAUACGGUUGGUCCAAUAGGAAAACGAAAGCGACUGUUGGAAAGCUGUUAUAAUUCCUGUCUCAAGCUGGUGAAAGAACACGAAUUGAGUUCAGUG